GUCAUUCAGGUUCCAAAUGAACAGGAAGAACAGUAGAAAGUCUUGUUACAGGGCUGCUGCAUGAUAUAAUGCUAACACUCAGAGGUGUCCUGAAGUACAUCAGCAACUCUCCAGAGAAACGCUGAGUCUGGACUGACCUGAAGGGCUAGCGUGAGGGUGAACUGCUCCUCACUGAAUCCGGCUCCUGAGCAGCAGCAUGUCUAGCGACCCGCCUCCACCUUACCCAGGGGGCCCAAGCGCCCCUCUGAUAGAGGAAAAGAACGGACAGCCUCCAGUCUCAGGCUCAGCCCCGGUGACGAGUGGACCCCCGCACGGACAGCCGCUGCCUCCAGAAUAUGGCCCUCCACCUUACGAGGCCACCAUGCAGCCCGGCUUCGUGCCCCCACAUGUCCCAGGUGAGGGUCCUAUGCCCAUGCCACACCUGCAUGCUGGUUAUCACCCCCCUCCUGGACACUACCCCCACCCCAUGCCGGGGCAGUUUGCUCCAGGGCCGAGUCACUGUGGCCCGGCUAUGGGACACACGGCCACAGUGAUCGGUCCUCCAGGCACGGCUACUACAGUGACGGUGCUGCAGGGUGAGAUGUUCCAGUCAGCACCGGUGCAGACGGUCUGCCCUCAUUGCCAACAGGCCAUCAUCACACGAAUCAGCCAUGACGUGGGGCUCAUGAACACUCUCUUCUGUCUGUUCUGCUUCUUUGUGGGCUGUGAUCUCGGCUGCUGCUUGAUCCCGUGUCUGAUCGAUGACCUCAAGGAUGUGACGCAUACUUGCCCCAACUGCAAGGGCUACAUCUACACAUACAAGCGCAUCUGCUAACAGCAGCGUCCCCCAGCACUCUCACCCUGGAUGCACUCACGGCUCACUCUCACCAAGCCGUUUUAUUUUUAAUUUUUUCUCUCGCUCCAUAUCCCCCGGCUAGUUUGAUUUUGUUCUUGUUUCUACUACCUGUCCAUCCUCUAAUGACUGUAUAUAACUAUUUAAAAGACUUAGCUUUAGUGGUACUACAAGAUUAAUUUAAAUAAUAGAUAAGUAGAAGAAGCAAAAGAAGAAGGGACAAUGAAGUCGGUACAUUUUCUAUGCUUAAACGGAAGCGUUUAUUAAUCGUGUCGUGGAAGUGCUUUUAGGAUUUUAGGUUAGUGGUUAAGUUACUUCUGAUCUGAUAUAUAACUCAAGUCCAUUUCCGAGUGGAUUUUAUUUUUAUUGUAAUUAUUUAACUCUGAUGUUAUGUAUAAUUCUACUACCAUGCUAAUGUGAAGGAUUUUCAUCUCUGUGUCUAUCUGUGAAAACGACGGCCAAGGACUGCAGUUCUAGUUGCAGGAAACUGCUGCACCUUAUACACACACUACCAAGUUUCUAUAUUCUCACAGUCCGGAUAUUUUUGUAAUCAGGGGCAGUAUUGCAUUUACACGCUUCAUCACACCUGGUUUUAGUACACGCUCGUGUCCACUGUGCGAUUUUACAUGAAUAUUUCUGAAGGAAAUCUAAUGCAAAUAUCCACAUCCAUGCUCCUUUGUAAUAAAUACAUUAAGAAACAUUAAACAAGUUCUGCACUACGUUUGAAGCUAGGCACGUCGUCUACUGCUGCGUUUGCCGUCUUACCGAACUGUGAAUGUCGUUCUAAAUAACUCUACCGCGCCUUCAUCUGUAUGGUGAAGCGCUUCGGUGUUGCUGCUGGGCCUGGGUGCGAACUUUGGCAUUAAUCCUGAUCUUUCAUUCGUUCCAGAAAGGGUUCAGUCUAAAAACACGGUGCAGCUCAGGACAUGCAGUCAAUCACAAGCUUUUACAUCAUUUACUCUGAUACAAUCGUUAGCGUGUCUGGAGGAAGAAGGUGAUCAUCAAGCGCUGGCUUUCUGGAACAUUGCUGUAAUCUGACCCCCAUCACCCCCCUGAGAGCAGGUUAUCUCUUCAGCAUUAGAACAUCAUGGUUUCAUGCCUGUGAAGUCGCUCUGCCGUUGCGUACAGGAUCAUUAUCGGCUUGUGACACACACAGCAGGUUUCCGUCCCAGGUUUUUUUCCCGUUUUCAGAUCUACGCAAGAGAAAAAGAAACGACAAACAUGCACCAGGUUUGAAGCUUUAAUCCGUCUCUAUAUAUAGAUGAUUCUUCAUUUUGCACUCGGCAAUCCUCUGGCAGUCAGACGCUGUUUUACUGACCCGUCCUGCUUUGAUCACUUCUUCACUCGGUUUGUCUCUGCGUAUCUAGAUAUCGGCACGAACGUGACGCAAACGACCUGAUAUGAAAAGCGUAUGCAUGCUCCUCUGAAUUCGAGCUCUGAUUCCCUUUAAUGCAACUUUCUUUUGAACCUCGUAGGCCUACAACGCUUUGCAAAGUGGCUUCUUGCUGUGAAAGACUGAAUAUACUGAAUAUAUGUAGAGCUUGUGUUCCAGGAACUUUAGAUCUAAAACUACCAGUAGUUUGUGGUAUAAUACAUCUGAACUGGAAUUGUCAUGUAAACUGACUGACUGUGUACAAUUAUUAUUCUGAGAAUAAUAAUAAAAUACUCAUAUCUUCUGAGA